AUGAAUCAUUUGCCUACCCUCCAAGCGCCAGUGCGUGGGCGACCUCUGUUAUUGUAUUUAGCAUCAAACUCCCAAGCAAUAGGAGCUUUGCUAGCACAGGAAGAUGACCAUGGGAACGAGCAACCUGUUUAUUACGUAAGCAGGACACUCAAAGACGCCGAGACCAGGUAUCCCAGAAUAGAAAAAGCCUGCCUAGUAAUCAUCUACGCAUCCCAGAGGUUGAAAAUGUAUUUCUCAGCUCACCAGAUCCUUUUGGUGACUAAGUCCCAUCCCAUAAAGGCACUCCUACACCAGCCCCUUCUCACUAGAAGGAUAACACAAUGGCUAGUCCUACUCUCUCAAUAUGACAUAGGCAUCAGAACCCCCAAGGCUGUCAAAAGCCAAGCCAUAGCAGAUUUACUGGCUCAGUUCCCAGGAAAGGAAGAAAGCCCACUGAGUGAAGAAAUCCUGGGUGAGGUGGCAGUGACAGAGAUCCCAGGAAAGAAAUGGACAAUGAGAUUCGACGGGUCAGCUACAACAACUUCAAAUGGAGUAGGAGUCGUACUAAGCUGUGAGAAUGGGGACACCAUACCCUUGUCUUUCAAGCUUGGUUUCUCAUGCUUUAAUAACGCAGCUGAAUAUGAGGCGUACUUGACUGGGCUGACUAUAGCACUCAGUAUAGGAGUAAAGCAUAUGAGAGUAUUGGGAGACUCCAAUCUUGUAGUUUCCCAGGUGAAAGAUGACUUUGCGCUAAGAGAACAAAGUUUAGUAGCCUACAGGACUUGGGCACAAAGGCUGGAGCUGGAAUUCCAGACCCUUAGCAUAGAGUACACUCAAAGAAGUGAAAACAAGUUUGCUGAUGCAUUUGCCACCCUGGGAUCCCAAAUACCAUUCAAAGGAAGGGACACACUAGUAAGGAUAGGAAAGCAAGAACAUUCUAUCAUAAGGAUCCUCCAAGAGAUGUACCCCGGAGAGUCCAAGCAGUGGGACUAG